AUGCGUCUGCUAAACACGAAACCAUCCGAAACGGGCAACUUCAUUAUUGAGGAAUUCUUCGGCGAACCCCCGCCGUAUGCCAUUCUGUCGCAUACAUGGCAAGAGAUGGAGGUCACAUUUCAGGAUAUAACAACUGGCGUGAUUGAUAAGAAGGGGUUCAAAAAGGUCAAAGAUUGUUGUACUUUCGCUAGGGCCAACGGAUAUGGAUACGCCUGGAUAGAUACGUGUUGCAUUGAUAAGACAAGCAGUGCGGAGCUGUCUGAGUCACUCAAUUCUAUGUAUCGUUGGUACCAGGAAGCCGACGUAUGCUAUGCAUAUCUUGCAGAUGUGCCGUCAGAGCCUUUCGCCAAGAGUAGAUGGUUCAAGCGAGGGUGGACUCUUCAGGAGCUGAUUGCUCCGUCGACGGUUAUUUUCCUCGACCAUGAAUGGAAGGAAUUGGGGACUAGGGGGAGCCUACGAGAUGUUCUAUCUGACAUCACUAGUAUACCUGUUGGUAUCUUGGUGGGGGAUGAUGAUGUUGAAACUGCUAGUGUUGCUCAAAGAAUGUCAUGGGCUGCGAGGAGGGAGACAACAAGGAUUGAGGAUCGAGCAUAUUGCCUCAUGGGUAUAUUCGGAAUCAACAUGCCGCCGAUCUAUGGUGAAGGCAAGAAUGCCUUCAUUAGACUCCAGGAAGAGAUCAUGAAGAUACUGGAUGACCAUGGCAUAUUUGCUUGGAGGUCGGACUCUGAAGAGGAGAAUCAUGGCGGGUUGCUGGCAACAUCGCCAGAUGCAUUCAGAAAAUCCGCAAAUGUUGUUCCUUAUAAUCCUUUCGCGACGAUUGAAGGACCGUUAACUGUGAGCAGUAAGGGGAUAUCUUUAGAACUCCGGUUCAUAGGUAUAGGACACCCAGGGCUAGGGCUUGCUAUCCUGCAUUGUACGGAGGGGAAGAGCGAGGAAAAUCGGCUGAUUGCAAUAUAUCUGCAAGAUUUGUUCCUGACAAUGCAACGAUUUGAAAGGAAACAAUGCGGAAAAUUUCAGUUAAUUAACCUAGACGAUCUUAAGCCAUCACAAUAUCCCUUGAGAAGGUUAUGCGUCCAACAACGACGUCCCCUGAGUCGAAAGAUAAACAAAGCAGGGAAACCUAAAGAGACUAGGUUUGCUCUAGAUAGUCUCCAUCUACUAGUAUCACAAAACCCACUGCAAGCUUGUCACGAUGCGGAGACAAACUGGAUCAACACAAAUGGAAUAAGCGGGAAUGGACAGAUGCUUCUAUCUCACGCCGCUGGAAGAGGACAUGUGGACAUGCUAUGGCUGCUGCUAACCCGAAGUGACGUCAGUGCCGGUGGAAGGGAUCUCAGUGGCCGCACACCACUAUCACGCGCAGCAGAAUGUGGACAGGAAGCUAUUGUGAGGUUGUUAUUAUGUCGCAAUGAUGUUGAUCCCGACUAUGAGGAUAAGGACGGACGAUCUCCCCUUUCAUACGCUGCAGCCUCGGGUCACCUAUCCAUCAUCAAACUAUUGCUCCAGUCUGGCAAAGUCUAUGCUGAGUCAGAGGAUAACCGCAGUCGAACCCCUGUGUCACGAGCUGCAGAGGGCGGGCAUGAAGUAGUGCUUGAAUUGCUGCUAGAGAGGGGGGCAAGACUGGAUUCUAAGGAUGAACAAAGCCGAACACCACUUUCCUGGGCAGCCGCAGAGAAUACCCAUGGGGCUGCGUUAGCAUUAUUAAUUGAGCGGGGAGCUACUAUAGAGUCCAGGGAUAAAUUUGGGCGAACACCGUUAACCUGGGCCGCAUCGAAAGGACGCGAGGAAGCAGUAGGUGUUUUACUUCAGAAGGGGGCUGAUAUAGAGUCUGAGGACAGUUAUUCUCGAACACCACUAUUAUCUGCUUCAGAGAAAUGUCAAGCUGGCACAGUGAAGAUAUUACUGGAUAAUGGAGCCUCUAUAGAGGGUCGAGAGGCUAGUCGAAGAUCACCAUUAGCUUACGUGGCAGAGCGUGGGCACGCCUCAAUAGCGAAAAUCCUUCUUGAAAGAGGCGCUGAUACAGAGUCUGAGAGCCCCCUUGGUCAGACACCGCUUUCUUUGGCUGCAGAGAGAGGUCAGGAGGUGGCAAUGAAGCUACUGCUCGAACAUGGAGCUAAUAUAGAGUCUCCUGACCAUCAAGGUCAUACACCACUCAUCUACGCUGUCGACAAUGGACAAACAGCAGCCAUAAACAUUCUGCUUGAGAAUGGUGCGGACAUAGACUCUUCUGACUCUCGUGGCCAGACACCCCUCAUCUACGCAAUAGAGAAUGGACACGAAGCUAUCGUAAAGCUUUUGGUUAAAAAUGGUGCUGACAUAGAGCUUCCUGAUUCUCGUGGUCAAACACCACUUUCCUAUGCCGCGGAGCAUGGACACGAGGCAACGGUAAAGUUGCUUCUUGAAAAGGGUGCCAAUAUAACAUCUCAUGAUCGGCGGGGUAAAACGCCUCUGUCUUACGCUACGCAGUAUAAGCAUGAGGCAGUAGCAAGGCUGCUACAGGCUAAUUGCGUGGAAGCAGUCUUAGGUUAA